AUGAGGCUAUGGCUAAGAGGACUGGGCCUCCAGGCUCUGAGAAAUGCCGGGGGUAUCUGUGCAUCUCAUGGGCAGCUGCCGCCUCUACCUGUCCCUCAGAAGAUUGUGGUCACCUGGGAAGUCAUCAGCCUGGGCAGGCAGCCAGUGCCUGAGUACUUCAACUUUGCCCAUGACGUGCUGGAUGGGUGGAGUCAGCUGGAAAGGGCUGGACACCGGCCCCCAACCCCUGCCUUCUGGUGGGUCCAUGGCAUGGGAGCGGAGGUCAGGAGCUUUGAGGAGUUGGGGGAGCAGUCCAGGAGGGCAGCUAACGUGCUGGGGGGCACGUGUGGCCUGCAGCCUGGAGACAGAAUGAUGCUGGUGGCCCCUCAGCUCCCGGAGUGGCGGCUGGUCAGUGUGGCUUGUAUGCGGACAGGGGCCGUCAUGAUUCCCGGCAUCUCUCAGCUGACAGAGAAGGACCUCAAAUUCUGGCUGCAGACAUCCAGGGCCAAGUCCAUUAUCACCAGUGACUCCCUGGCUCCACGGGUGGACGCCAUUAGCGCCAGCGGCCCCUCCCUCCAAACCAAGCUGCUUGUGUCGGCCAGCACAGUACCCAUUUUUAUAUUUUACAGGGAGGCGUCCACAGAGAACAACUGUGAGAGGACCAGGAGUCAAGAGCCACCGGCCAUCUACUUCAUAAGCGGCACGACUGGGGCCCCCAAGAUGGUCGAGCACGGCCAGGCCAACUAUGGACUGAGUUUUGUGGCUAGUGGAAGGAGGGGAAUGGCCUUGUGCAAAUCAGACAUCUUCUGGAACAUGACUGACACUGGCUGGGUAAAGGCAGCCUGGACCCUCUUCUCUGCCUGGCCUAAUGGAUCUUGCAUUUUUGUGCAUGAGCUGCCCAGAUCUCCAGCCUUUAUUUUUGUUUAGACUCUGUCCAGGUUCCCGAUCACCACCCUCUGCUGUGUCCCCACCAUCUUCCAGCUGCUUGUGCAGGAGGAUCUGACCAGGGAGGAGAAACUGAGACUAAGAAGACAAGCCUCCUCCUUAUUGUUUCUGGCUUCUCUCCGGGUUGUAAUCUGUGCCAAUCCAAAAGGUGUGAAAAUCAAGUCAGGAUCCAUGGGGAAAGUGUCCCCACCGUGUGAUGUGCAGGUAGGCAAUGAUGAGGGCAGCGUCCUACCUCUUGGACAAAAAGGGGAGGUUGCUAUCCAUGUCAGACCCACCAGGCCCUUCUGUUUCUUCCAUUGCUAUUUGGACAAUUCUCAGAAGACAGCAGCGUCAGAGCGAGGGGGCUUUUACAUCACAGGGGACUGAGCCCACAUGGACAAGGAUCGCUACUUUUGGUUCAUGGGAAGAAAUAAUGAUGUGAUCAAUUCCUCAAGCUACCAGAUGGGGCCCGUUGAAGUGGAGAGUGCACUUGCUGAGCACCCAGCCGUCCUGGAGCCUGCUGUGGUCGCAAGCAGCCUGGACCCCAUCGGAGGGGAGGUGAUAAAGGCAUUUAUAGUCCUUUCUCCAGCCUAUUCCUCGCGUGAUCCAGAGAAACUAACCUAGGAACUCCAGGAGCACGUGCAAAGGGUGACUGCUCCGUACAAGUACCCCAGGAAUUUUGUUUUUCUCCUGUGA